AUCUUUGUCGGCCUCCAUGUCGGCUCCUCCUUUUAUGUAAAACGUCGUCGGUAUCCGGAAAUUAACAAUCCCGUGAUGUCAGGGGAGUGCUAGCAUAGCAUCGGAAUGACUAAAGUGCCUUUCUCGAUUCGGGCUUAAAACUUUUUCCAGCGGUUAGUGUCAGCUAACAGUUGAGCUCCGUUGUCGUGUGUCGACAUGGGGUUACCGGGGUUACCGAAGGCUGUCGGAGGAUGUAUCCCUCCGCACGGACGUUAACUUCGGGAUGAAGCCUCUCACUCCUCUCUCUUUCUCACACAGGACCUAACGGGGUGCCGCUCGGUUAGUCUCUCCGGAGGUCACAUUUAUGAGCCACACAAGCUAGCAGGCUAGUUGUUACGUUGUGGCGAGUUAACUGCAAGCUGGAAACAAGGAGCUAUGGCGCGGUUGGUGUUGGAGCAACUGUCAGAUUUCGGGGACUAUAGUGGCGGUAAAGAGCUGACUGAGCUCUUUAAACUGACCAACAACGAGCUCAAAAACAGCCUGUCAAAUGUUCGCCUGAGCCCAGAUGGACAUCACGUUCAUGUCAUCCUCCGCAAGCCUAAGGUUGGUCUUGUGACUUUUGACAAGUAUGAAAGACCCCAGCUGGCCCAGAACCAGAAGAACCUGGAUUUGCGGUUGACACGAACCGAGCCGAUUGUGGAUAUUUUGUAUUUGGACCAUCACAGCAGCAGCAACAGCAGCAAGGACACAGCAGCUGUGGCAGUGGUUUAUGAGAAUGGAAAAGCUGAGUUUUGGAAAUUCCAGGAGUGCAAAGUUGGCUGGCAUCUCCUGCAAACAUCAGAUUUAUGCAACAGUCCUCGCGCAAGAGUGGUGUCUGUUUGUGCCUGUCCCAAUCUUAUCAUCUGGUGUGAGGAGAGGCCGGCCUCAGAGAGCACCCCUGCCCUCAGCUCCACACGGAAUAAGCUGAGAUACUGUGUUUGCAGACGUGACUUUGAGGUGGAAGAGGGGGCUGUCAGCCUGGGGGGAGUGAAAAUCGCCCUCCAUAACAAUCCUAGAUUCACCGUGGUCAGCUCAGGUGAAUAUGUACACCUUCUGCCUGACUUGAAAGCAAAACCACUGUUGAGCAUCUCCAAAUUCUUUCUGUCCUGGUCCCCUCGCCAUGACUUCUUCACAGUCAGCACCACAUGUAAAAACACUCCCCUGAAAAGGCUUUCGGCCAAAGAGUCUGACUUGAAGAGGUUGGUGACAGACUGUUUAGGGUAUUUAUCAACUCUUGAACCACCUGAGAUCUACGACUUCUCUCCGACAGGCUGUGGAGGCCUGCUGCUGCUGCUCAGCACAGGGUGGGUGUGUCUUCUGCAGAAAGAUGGGACGCUGCGGCAGGUAUACAAACUGGGAGAUACCUGCUUGGUAAACUGUGGAACUCACACAAGCCUCUGCAUGUACCAGGACACACUGGCGCUGCUCGUAGGGCAAAACUUGCAUCUGAUAGACAUGAACUGUGGCAGAGAGCUGGGAAAGAUAACGCUGAAGAAAGAGGGUUUGUUAUAUGUAAACCAGGCCGAAAGAUGUGCACCUCACCUGCUCUCAGAAACUGGACUUUUUGUGGUUGUGAGCAAGGAGGCGGACUCCAGAGAUUUCAACUCUAAGUGGAAGCCUUCUGGUCUCAGUGCAGUGGAGCGUAUGCAUCCUGGAGCCCUCUUGGUAGAGUCAGUCUUUGAGGAGGCCUGUAAAUACUACCAGCAGAGGAGCCUGAGCAGCACCCAGCUCACUGUGGACACGCUGAAGAAAGGAGGACGGUUCCAGGCUCCCAUCUCUUUAGCCUCCAUCCUCAGGCACUACCUCAGCACUGGAUCGAGGCAGAAAGGAGCAGAGCCGGCCCAGAAUGGAGGAGGCGGCGGAUGCACAGAGGGGCAAGAUAAGUUAAUGGGCUCUCUGGAGGCUGAGCUCAAGGCUCUGGUCUCUCUGGAGGAGUUGAAGGGGAGUUUAGUGAGGGGGAAUAUUAAAGAGGUGGAGGCAGUGUGUGAGAGUCUGAUUGAGAAAGAAGUAGGCAGGCUGCUGUCAGCAUCAGAGCUGGAUAAAGAGGCUCUGCUGUACCUCAACUCCAUCUUCAGCAUCUUCCCCUGCCAGGCGUGGAGGGCGACGCAGGCUGCUCUACAGCUACACUACAACGGGGAGGGCUCUCUGUCCAGCAGGGCCUCCCCAGAUGUGUGGAAAACUGUCCUCAGUCCUUCUCUGACAGCCAGCAACCCAUCCUGCCUGCCAUUCACAAAUGGUGGGCCCAAGCACAAUCAUGGCCUCAAUGGUGAUCACAUUGCAAACUGUAAAUCUACAAGCUCCACUUCUCCAGCUGCCCUGCCUGUGUUUGAGCUCCUCUGCCACUCAGUUUUCCAGUUUCAGCCCAGCUGGUUGCCCAGGUUCCUGGAGCUGGCCAUGCAGCAGCAGGGCUCAGCCGGCCUGGGCCUGAGCCUCGCCUCAUCCUCCUGGGGUUUCUCCGGCGGGAGAGCAGGGGAGAGCGGUGAGAACAACGUGCCUCUCUACAAACGAGCCCUCUGUGUCUUAUCCAGCCUGACCACAGACAGAGACCAGCGCCAGGACUUGGAGGUGGAGCUGCUGCUGGUCAGUGGCCGGCCUAAUGCCAUCCUGCAGGCGCUGAGGAUCCUCAUGGCCCAGCAGCAGUGGGAGCGGGUCACCCAGGUGGCACAGAAGUUCUGCAAACAGAGCCCGCUGCUCAACAAAGAGAUUUUCACUACUCUGCUGUGUGAAGUGGCUCAGCACAGAGACCUGGACCCCUAUCUGGACCUGCUGUGGGCGCUGUGCCCCGAGGAUCUCACUGUCACGUCUAUUCUCAACUUAGUGCUGAAAAACCUCCCCUCCCCUAACUCCCCUCAAUCAUCCUCGUCCUUCUCCAUGUCCAGUACAUCCUCCUCACCCACUGCUCCCUUCGCAGACUCCCACAGCAGCCACUUGACCAUCGGGCUGCUGAAACCUCUGCUCAGAAAAGUGCUUCAGAGGGAAACCAAGCCGAGUCAGCGCUAUGCAGACAUCCUUCAGUCGCCAACAUUCCCUCCUCCCGCACCUCCUCGCCAGCCUGCAGAGCAGCCCAGGACUGUCAGCACAGACUCGCCUCUCAGCAACAACAUUGCCCCGGCUUCUCUCACAGAAACACCUGCACAGCAGUCGUCCACACACACAACUGUCCCCAGAGCCAGGGCGGCACUACCUGCUGCUAACCCAGUCUGAUUUACAGAGACAUGACCAAAACCUGUUUCAUAAAACAUACCGGACCAAACUGUGAAGCAGCUUGUGUUGACAGUCGCAUAAAAACAGAAUAAUAUCAGUAUGUUACCACAAUCAUCAGUGCAAUGCAGUUAACUGUGAUGGUAUUUUUUUUUAUUUUUAAAGAUUGAAGUAUGACUACUAGAAACUAUGAAAUGACUACUGAAGAUCUUACCAGUGUAAAUACUGCAGGUAAUUUUAAUGUGUAUAUACUGUAUCUGCAAUGUUAUUUAUCUCUUAAGCCUUAACUGCACGUGGAAGAGAAUGUUAUUGCAUAGACAUGCAUUUAGCCUUUAUCUGAAUGCCAUCAAUAAAUUGUAAUAUAUA